AUGAUAAAAGUAAAUGAUGGAAAAUUCCAUUCGAAACAUCUUAAAAUUCCGGAAUAUGUAGCUAUUGACGUUCGAUCCUGUUUUAUGGGAAUUUAUUCUAAGGCUGAAAAGAGUAGUUUAGCAUUUUACUUAAAUGAAUAUGAGCUCAAAAGUAAAAUAGAUAUGCCUAUUUACCGCAUGAACAAAUAUUAUAAAAGGGCAUUAAAAGAGCUAGAUUCCAUGUCGGCCGAACAAAUACGUGAAGUGGCCAAAUAUUGUAUUAUCGACGCUCUUAGUUGCCAGCGGUUAAUGGUAAAGCAUAAUGCAAUUAAUGAGUAUAGAGAGGUGGCAUCUGUAGAUUUCUUAUCAUUAUUUGAUGCACAUUAUUUUGCGGGAGAAACUGGAAAAUACCCUGGAGUCUAUGUUUUCCUACCAGUAAAGGGUCUCAAAAAUAGACGUCCUCAUGCCAUAUCUGUAGAACAAAGCGACAAAAAGCUUCAUAAGAUAGAUUCCUAUUUAAUAACAACCCCCAACGUGCCUGGUAAACGAAAUGAGAUGAAGAAGCGUCUUGCACCUUUGAAAGAGAAAAAGGAAGACAUAGACUUGGUAAUAAGUUCAAUGGGUAAAAGUUUGUCAUUAUCAGAAGCCAUCAAGCAGAUCUUAGCGAAUGCAGAGGUAGAAAAAUGUAACGGUCUUUCUAAGAAUUUAUAUCAUUUUAUUCAUAAAGAAAAGUAUGAAUUCAUAGCAGAAUAUGAUUCUAUUUGUUUCGACUGUUCUUGUUUGGAUAAGAAACAAUAUGCUUUCAAGGUAUAUAUAAAUGCAUUCUAUGGUACGGCUGGAGAUAGUAAAUCCCCCUUCUUCUUGUGUGAACUUGCUGGGGGUGUUACUUCGGCUGGACAGAGAAAUAUCAAACUCAUUGCAGAUUUUGUCAAGAGAAAUAGAUUUGGGAUAAAAUAUGGUGAUACAGAUUUCUUGAAUCUAGUCUGUCCAGAAGAACGCUUCCAGAGGUGUGAUGAGGCUUAUGAUAGUGGCAACAGGAUCUCAAAAGAAGAAUAUUGGUCUCGAAUGGUGGAAAUCUCUAUGGUGGAAAUGGAAAAACUUCAUGAUGAAGUUAAUGACUUUCUCAAGGAAGAUAACGGAUCCCCUUAUCUUAAAAUGGCAUAUGAGGAAGUCUUAUUUCCGGUAGUAUUUACUGGAAAGAAAAAAUACUAUGGUAUCCUGCAUGAAAGCAAGCCGAACUAA